AUAGAACACCACAGUCCACAGUUAUUGAAGAAACCGCCAGCUUUUCAGCUAUCUCGCGAGCCUUCACAUGGAAGCCCCCGACCAGAGCAAUCCUUGCGCCAUAUGCCUCGGCGGCAUGGGCGCCGCCGGCGGGCAGGCCAUCUUCACGGCCGAGUGCUCCCACACGUUCCACUUCCACUGCAUCUCCGCGAGCGUCGCGCACGGCCACCUCGUCUGCCCGCUCUGCAACUCGCAGUGGCGCGAGCUGCCGUUCGUGCGGCCGCCACAGCCGGCGCCGGUGCCGCCCACGCUGCCGCAGCAACCGCCGCCACGGCAUGAGCCCAUGCACCACGUGCAGCCACCGCCGAUCAGGUACCGGCCGUUCCACUCCGUCCAGCCACCGCCCCAGCCCGCGGAGCCAGAGGUGUUCGACGACGACGAGCCGGUGGAGCUACCAUCUGGCCACGACGGCCAGCGACAAGCCGCGGCGGCGGCAUCUCGUGGAGCUUUGGCCGCCGUCGAGACGCACACCGAGUACUCCGCCGUCGCAAGGGACUCGUCCCCCGACAACUUUGCCGUCCUCGUGCACGUCAAGGCUCCCGGGAUAGUUGACGGCGAAGCGGCGGCCGGCGACGCACCGCGCGCGCCUCUCGACCUCGUGACGGUGCUCGACGUCAGCGGCAGCAUGAGCGGGGAGAAGCUCGCGCUCCUGAAGCAGGCCAUGGGGUUCGUCAUCGACAACCUCGGGCCCCACGAUCGCCUCAGCGUGGUGUCCUUCUCGUCCGGGGCGCAACGAGUGACCAGGCUCCUGCGCAUGUCGGACGCCGGGAAGGGUCUCGCCAUGAGCGCCGUCGAGUCCCUCGUUGCGCGCGGCGGCACGAACAUCGCCGAGGGGCUCCGGACGGCGGCCAAGGUGCUCGACGAGCGCCGGCACCGGAACGCCGUCUCCAGCGUCAUACUCCUCUCCGACGGCCAGGACAACUACACCAUGACGCGAAGCGCGCAGGGCCGCAUCCCCAACUAUGAGGACCUCGUGCCGCCGUCGUUCAUGCGCACCGGCACCGGCGACUGGUCCGCGGCGAUCCACACGUUUGGCUUCGGCAACGACCACGACGCGGCGGCGAUGCACGUCAUCGCCGAGGCCACCGGCGGGACCUUCUCGUACAUCGAGAACGAGGCUGUCAUCCAGGACGCGUUCGCGCAGUGCAUCGGCGGGCUGCUCACCGUCGUGGUCCAGGAGGCCCGCAUCGCCAUCUCCUCCGGGCAUCCUGGAGUUCGCAUCGCUUCGAUCAAGUCCGGCCGUUACGAGAGCCGCGUCGACGUGGACGGCCGCUCUGCCUCGAUCGCUGUCGGCGAGCUCUACGCGGACGAGGAGCGGCGCUUCCUGCUGUUUUUGGCUGUUCCAGCAGCGGACGGCGAGACCGAGACUACUCUGAUAAGGGUGAGCUGCAGUUACCGGGAUGCGGCGGGUGGUGCCGGCGUCGACGUGACGGCGGCGGACACGGUGGUGGCGAGACCGGAGCAAGUGGUGGACGCGGAACGCUCGAUGGAGGUGGAGCGGGAGCGCGUCCGGGUCGAGGCGACCGAGGACAUCGCGGCGGCGAGGGCUGCCGCGGAGCGGGGAGCAUACCAGGAGGCGGUGGAGAUACUCGAGAACAGGCAGCGGGCGGUGGAGCAGUCGGAGGCGGCGCGCGGCGGCGACCCGACGAGCGCGGCGCUGGGGGCGGAGCUGCGCGAGAUGCGCAGGCGCGUGGCGAGCCGGGAGAGGUACGUGGAGUCCGGGCGCGCGUACAUGCUCGCCGGCGUCAGCAUGCACGCGCAGCAGCGCGCCAACAUGAUGCCGGCGAUGGCGUUCAACGCGGUCGGGGCGUCGAGGAACUCGAUCGCGGGCGCGUCAAGGGCGGAAGGGACGGCGAACGAGGCGGCGUCGUUCGCGACGCCGGCCAUGCGCGCCAUGCUGCUGCGGUCGCGGAGGGCGCGGGAGGCGUCGGCCGAGCAGCAGCAGCAGGCCAAGGCAGGGGAAGAAACAGGAAGCUCUGGACCAACGGAGGUAGCAAGCCAGUAGACGUGUGGCCUUGUGCGAAUUGUCUAGAUUCACUGCAUCAUGUCAAUUGUCAAGGAUAUAUGAGAUCGUAAUUUUGCGUUUGGUUUUAUAAGUGCAGAUUGUAAUAGGAAUGAAUGAAUUCGUUUGUGGCCAACAUCAGAAACCGCGCUGAGUACCAUCAUGUGAUUGCCAACUAUCAUCUUGAAGAAUAUCAGCAGCAUUUUUAUUUUUAUU